AGCCUAACACGUUUUUCACUUGGGCAGACAGACAGCGAAGCUCUUCUGCAAGCUUGUGCACACCGACUUCCAAGAUAUGAUUUCCGACUGGUGACUAAUGGCGACUCUGUACUUUUCCGGCCCAAAGCCGACUUCUCUCUGGGUGCACUAUGACGCACGGCCUGCUUAUCCGGAGCCUUGGUAGGGAUUCGGAAAUGGAUAGCUCGAAUGGAAAAGGGUGAAGUACUCUGUGACGAAGAAAUAUGACUCCCUCAAGUGCUUGCAGGGUGCUGGCAUCAGAUUGGGAGCACGGACAAGGUAUAUAACCCCAUCGCCAGGGCAAUCUCACAUGCAGAAAGCAUCGGAAUUUGCGCGUCCCAGUUCCUUUACAAUUGAAACCCUACAAUGCAUGGCCAUUGCGCGUCACGGAGCAUGUCCUCGAAAUCAAGCCUCAGCGAGGCGAUGGCGGCUGUUGGCCAACAAGAUGAUAAUAUCCAAGCCGAUCGGGAUCAGGAACGUGCAUCCAUUACAGUAGACCCGAGCUCCAUGAUGGAGCAACCGCAGGAAGAGAAAAAUCGAGACGGAGCUGACGAUCAACCGGAUGACCGAUGCAAGCGACGGUUCCGAAAGCCUCGAACCGUCUUACGCUCAUUGACUUGGCUUGUAAAAGACCAGUGGUUUCUCCUAGUAUUCGGACUCCUUAUCCUCAUCUCCUCCCAGGUGCAAGUUCCAAAGUCACAACAGGGCAUUAAACGACGAGUCAUCACCUACCUCGCGGUGUCGGUGAUCUUUUUCGUCAACGGCUGCACACUUUCGACGCGGGUCUUGAUGGAUAACUACCUUCGAUGGCGCGUACAUAUUUUUGUACAACUCCAGUGCUUUCUUCUAACUUCGGUGGUGACGUUCGCCGUCGUCAGUUUGUGCGCCACGAACCCACACUUUAUGGAUCCAUGGCUCCUCAUCGGCCUCCUUUUCGUCGGAUCCGCUCCCACAACGAUGUCUUCGAAUGUGGUCAUGACCCGCCAAGCUCACGGCAAUACGGCCCUAACCAUGGUUCAGUCCAUUAUUGGGCAGUUUCUGUGUCCUUUUCUCACCCCUAUCCUUCUACAAAUGUAUCUCUCCAGUGGAGCCUGGUACGCAAAAGUCCUGGUCCAAGGGGAUAAUUAUGGCGAGAUCUAUCGUCGCGUCUUCCAACAGCUCGGUCUCUCGCUCUUUAUCCCCUUGUUUGCUGGCCAAGUCGUACGAAAUCUGUUCCCGAAGCCCACCCAGACGGUCUUUGUGCAAUGGAAACUCGCGAAACUCUCUUCCAUUGCGCUCUUGACUUUGAUCUGGCAGACGUUUGACCAGGCAUUCGGCUCGGGUGCUUUUGAGGAGGUCCGGGCGAGCAAUGUCGUCUUUCUGGUCUUCAUGUCCAUAACGCUCUAUUUCCUCUGGUUGGGCCUCUGUUUUGCUGCGUCGAUUAUCUGGUUGCCGAAAAAGGAUGUCAUUGCUUGUUGCUAUUGUUGCCCUGCAAAAGCUCUGGCGCUGGUCGUCCCGCUCAGCUCGGUCAUGUAUGUCAACGUUAGUACCAUCGAGCAAAGUAAGCUACAGAUACCGAUCAUCAUAUUCCAAGGUUUCCAGGUUGCAGUAGGCAGCGUUCUUACAAUGGCAUUUCGGAAAUGGGUUCGGCCCGACGAGAAAAAAGAGUGCGCGGAAAAGGCUUCUGGAGUUGACACAUCCAAGGCUUGACGAGUUGGAGUUUGGAUCAAAAGGGGGCAGAGCAUGCUUUAGCAUUUAUGGUGAUGAAGCCAGGGCGAACUUUAUGACGCUGACGCGCUUAGGUACCAAGAUAAAUUCCUCCAUCACCGUUCCCUCUCUACUCAAGAUAGGUGCUUUUGCCGAGGGGACGAAAAAGGAAUGGGCCGACCGUGUCUUAAUAACCAGAUAUACAAGAAUGAAGAAUAGUGCCGAUAGUAGAAUGAUGAAAUGCUCGUCGCCUCUACGGCCUGUUAUGUGCAACAGCAGCCGUUCGGGAC